AGCAAGACAGACAUGAAAGGUGAAAGCAUGUACAGGAUCGCAGUUAAAUGUUGGGUUACCGUUGAAGUAACAGUCAUUUUUGCUAUUUGUAGCAUAUUUUAUUAUAUUCCAGGUUUAGGGUUUGUGCUCGAGAAUGGUAUGAGAAAAGUGACGGGAUUAAAUAUCCCUAAAACCAACUACUGGGAAACAUUUCUUGGAUGGGAAAUGUUUAAGUCAGUUUGGAAAUCAAGAGUUGUCGAUAUUACAAAGGAAAUGCGAAACGGACUGGAGGCACAAAAUGUUCCCUUGGUAACACCCGAUGGAAAGAAAUGUGUGCGUUUACUUGAUUUACUUCAAGCUGAGAGAGCAUUAGUCGUGUACUUUGGCAGUUGUAGUUGCCCAGUGUUUAUGAAUAAACUGAAAGAAUUUGGUGUUAUAGCUCAAGAUUUUUCAGAUAUCGUGGAUUUUGUCGUUGUAUAUAUUGAAGAAGCUCACCCAAUUGAUGGAUGGUCUUUCAAGAAUAACUUUAUCAAAGUACGAAAGCAUCGAAAUCAAUAUGAAAGAUGCAAAGCCGCGCAAAAGCUACAAGAACUCAAUCUUCCAUGUCAAAUAAUGGUAGAUACAAUGGACGACAAUGCAAAUGUGGCCUAUGGAGCGUUGCCUGAGAGACUCUACGCCAUCGAAGAAGGUAAAGUCGCAAACGUGGGCGGACAGGGACCAAUGAAUUCAUCAAUGAAAGCAGCACGUGACUGGCUAGAGUCAUAUCGCGAGAAAAACACAUUUAGAAGAUGGACAAUCUAACUCAGCGAGCAAGAACUGUACGGAAUGCAAACUUCGUAUAAUGGCAUUUUGACAUAUUUUGGCCUUGAGGUUGAGACUGUUGUUUCUUUAUCCCAAAACAUUUUUUAAGCGAUUGACAA